AUGUUAAUUUGGCAAUCACAUCUUCAUUUCAUCACUCCAAAGAUUAAUCAUAUGGAAAAAUCUAUUUCAGUGAAACUUAUUUUCAGCAUGUGUCAACAUCAUUCAGUUUUCCAUUUCAACGGACCAUAUUCAGUAAUGCUUAUUACAUAUCUAUUAGUCUACAAUGGUAUUAUAGCAAUAUCUGCAGAAACAUCUUCCGAACCGACGUGGUCUAGCAAUAUUCAAGAUCUGUCAUUGAAUACAUUGGACUCGAAGUCCAAAAAUAAAAUUAUUGAAAUUCAUCCAAUCAAUGAAGGUUUCAUACUUCUUCCGGAAAAUCUCGAUAAACCCAUAGCGAGCAAAUCAAAGCUGAGUGUACCAUCAAAAACGUUUCAAGCUGCUGCAACAUACAACACGUCAACGACAACAUGUACAACAGUACCAAAGACAAAAACAACCACUUCCACGUCCACGACUAAUCAUUCACUCGGUUAUCUUGGUAGACGAUUGUUGAAUGAGCCUAGCUACGAUACCGAUCUCGAUACUUCAUCCCAACAUCAACAUUUGCUUCAGGCGGACAACGAGAUCAACGAAUUUCUUCAAGUCAACGAAGAAGAUAUGUUCAAAGCACUGGAAAACGUUGAGCUCACAACAGAUGGAAGCGGAGAAACAUCAUAUUCGACAGCUGAGUACAGUAGUGAAGUGACAUCGACAUUGGCAAUAGGGUCAGUAACCACAGAUACUUCAGCAGCUGCAGUGGAAGGAACGACCAGUACACCUUCACCUUCAACAAUGGGAGUAGUAACUACAGAUAUUUCAGCGACUACAGCGGAGGAAGCGACCAGUACACCUUCACCUUCAACAAUGGGAGUAGUAACUACAGAUAUUUCAGCAACUACAGCGGAGGAAGUGACCAGUACACCUUCACCUUCAACAAUGGGAGUAGUAACUACAGAUAUUUCAGCGACUACAGCGGAGGAAGCGACCAGUACACCUUCACCUUCAACAAUGGGAGUAGUAACUACAGAUAUUUCAGCAACUACAGCGGAGGAAGUGACCAGUACACCUUCACCUUCAACAAUGGGAGUAGUAACUACAGAUAUUUCAGCAACUACAGCGGAGGAAGCGACCAGUACACCUUCACCUUCAACAAUGGGAGUAGUAACUACAGAUAUUUCAGCGACUACAGCGGAGGAAGCGACCAGUACACCUUCACCUUCAACAAUGGGAGUAGUAACUACAGAUAUUUCAGCAACUACAGCGGAGGAAGCGACCAGUACACCUUCACCUUCAACAAUGGGAGUAGUAACUACAGAUAUUUCAGCGACUACAGCGGAGGAAGCGACCAGUACACCUUCACCUUCAACAAUGGGAGUAGUAACCACAGAUACUUCAGCAGCUGCAGUGGAAGGAGCGACCAGUACACCUUCAGCAAUAGAAGUAAUAACUACAGAAAAAUCAACCACGGUCGAAGGAACGACGAGUACGCCCGCAACAACAGGAGUAGUAAUUACAGAAACAUCAGCAACUGCAGUCCAAGAAACGACAGGAGCUUCGUUAAUAUCAGAACCAGUAACUACGGAAACUGAUCACUCGAUCACUUCAGCUAUUACCUCACAAACACUCUUAUCAACCACUACUACGACACCAAUGACAACCACGAUACCCGAUGAAACAGAUUUACCAAAUGUGACAACCAUUUUGCUGAUAUUGAAUUGUUCGAAUGCUAAUGAAACUCUAGCAGAUAUAAUAGCAGGUGUGAGUAAAAGCAAUUCAUUAUAUGAGAUUGAACCUAUUUAUAAUCAGCCAUUGUCAUGUGCAACGCCCGGAAAAGUAAAUGUGACGCUGGUUGUGCGAACUCCAAAUAAUAACGUUACAUUAUUGAAUGAUUUGUAUGAAAUCAUUGAUAAUCUAACCAGAGGCCGAGAUGUCACGGUAUUUAGUAAGAAUCCAUGCGGAAGAGAUGAUGAGAUGGUUCUUGUCAUGAAUACAACGUCGUGUUUUCUUAUCGACACAUGUAGUUUAUGCGGUGUAAAUCCAGUGCGUGGAGUGUGUAAUCCGUCACAGAACAUCGAGAAAUGCCGAUGUUAUGUGAACGAGGCCGAUCCGUCAUCACCGUAUGAAGGUAAUUUGUGUUCAAAGCCACGCCCGAAACCAGUCGCAUCUACAUACUCACUCUCGCGUUGGACUCCGAUUAUCAUUGGUGUUCUGGCUGGCUUAACUGGCCUGUUUGCUGCGGUGACAUGCUGCCUUUGGGCAAUGGCAGCAUGGCGUCGCCGACGACAUCAUCAUCCCGAAGAGUUUCAGAUUCGUCGUAUAUGGCAUUUGCCCCGUGCUAAAGUUCCAACGCCCGUAACCGCGGACAAUGCUCCAACCAAUUUAGAACCGACAAACUCUACUGCAAGCACUCAUCCACCUGAGUCCGAACCGACGGAUAGUAAUACAACAGAUAGCACGUUUUUCAAAGAUCUUGAUCAAAGGAUGGGUGAAAAACUACGCGCAACGAUAACAAGACCUAACACGAAUGCUGUACUUGCUAGUUUGCCGUCGGACACAGCAUCAACAUUGAGUAGCUACGAUCCCAUCGAUGAGCUUGACGCUAUUAUCGACAACGAAGAUAUAAACCCGACGUUUCACGAUCCAUUAGAUGAACUCUACGACGAUAAUGAAAUGCUCGAAGUAAUGAAUCCAAAUUUGAAACUACCGAGACCGAAUGUCGACUCAAAACCAACUGGUCUCUUCUCGCUUCUUAAAUAA